GGAUGAUGCCGUUGGACGACGGUGUCUGCCCACUGGCGAUCGAUGUUGCGCGCGCAAGGAUCUCGCUUAUUGCCUGUUACCAAACGUAGUACCGCACACCGCUGUGGCUGCGUGGCAUCGUGGUGGGGCAGUCGGUGUGCGUGGGAGGAGAAGCGACGAGCCAGUGGAGUCCGGGAAGUCGAGCAGCGCAGACGCGUUGUGUGCCGCGCGUUUCCUCGCAGUAACACAACAGUAAUCAACUACGGGUGACAACACACGGCGAUCACAACCGACGUAGCCGACGUAAUCGCAGUCAGCGACGAUCAAGGGUGGAUAGUGAUAACGCGGGAGAGAUCGCGUUUGUAGUUGCCUCGAGGAGAGAGAGAGAGAGAGAGAGCACCGGUGGGAGGUACAGACGCCUCUCUCUCGUUGCCGCAAAACCGUCAUGUCGACGCGAAGGAACGCCUGGUGACAGGGCGAGGACGAAAGGAGAGAAACAAGGGGACGCCGGCGGACGCCUAAUAUGCCUUGUCGCGAGUGAGGGUGGUGGUUUUCGCGACUUUCCUCGAAGAGGAAGAACGUCGACGGUGAGAUAAAUCGCGAGGCGAAACGCAAGAGAGGGAACAGAUCGACCGGGAGUAAGAAGAGACUAAACGCGUACGAGUAAGAGUGUCGUCGAGGCGCGAGGAGGGAUGCCUACGAAGGGGGAGAGGGGAAAAUCGACGGACUUCAGCAUCGCGGCCAUCAUGGCGCCCAGGGGUCCGUCCUUGGGGCAUUACCACCUGCAGGGCAUCGGCAACGCUGCUGCCAUCGCUAAUACCAGCCUAGAAUGCCCGACCGGCAAGGAAUUCGUCACCGAUUCUGCCUUGGAUCACCGUGUUCGAACGUCAUCGCCGGUGAACAUCGUCGCGACGGCAACGGUGGUGACGGAGGAGGCUCUCUUAGGCGACGAGAUAGCGGAAAACUGCGAGGGUGAAAGCGAGGGCACUGAAAAGUCCGCGAACGAAGAGGACGAGGAGGUGGACGUCGACGUGGAGGAGUGCAGUAGCGUCGACGAUGGUCCGGUCCACGGGAUGUUAGCCGAGGAUCUCACGAGUGGCGGCACGCCCGCGCGGAAGUGCAACGCGGAUGGCUGCAAUACGGACGAGAGGAAGCAACAACGCCUGAGAACCAGCUGUAACUCGGACGAGCUGCGCGAUGUCGAGUGCCACCUCGAGACCAAGGAGCUCUGGGACAAGUUCAACGACCUUGGCACGGAGAUGAUCAUUACGAAGACCGGCAGACGAAUGUUUCCAACUUGCCGGGUGUCCUUCAGCGGACUGAAGUCCGAGGGUCGUUACGCGGUGCUAAUGGACAUCGUGCCGGUCGACAAUAAAAGGUAUCGAUAUGCCUAUCAUCGUAGCUGUUGGUUAGAGGCCGGCAAAGCUGACCCACCGGCGCCUGCGCGACUUUACGUUCAUCCCGAUUCUCCCUUCACCGGCGAGCAGUUGCGGAAGCAGGUUGUUUCCUUCGAGAAGGUGAAGCUGACGAACAACGACAUGGAUAAACACGGCCAGAUCGUGCUGAACUCGAUGCACAGGUAUCAGCCGAGAAUACACUUGGUCCGCUGUCGACACACCGACGACAGCGGCCUGCACAUCACCGACCUCCAGAAGGAGGAGCACAAGACGUUUAUCUUCCCAGAGGCCAUUUUCACCGCCGUCACGGCGUAUCAGAAUCAGCUGAUAACAAGACUGAAGAUUGACAGCAACCCGUUUGCCAAGGGUUUCAGGGACUCGUCGAGACUCACCGACUUCGACCGCGAUCCCAUGGAGCUCAUGGAGCAGCAAUUAGUGAGAUGCGGCGUCGCGCCGGUGAGAUUGUACGAACAUCUCGCCAUGUCGACGCCAGUCGCGGUGGCGGCGGCCGCGGCCGCGGCGCUUGGCGCCCAGCAGCAACAGCAGCAGCAACAUCAGCAGCAACAUCAGCAGUCGUCCGCGCAGCAGCAGCAGCAGCAACAGCACGAGAACGGCGGGCACGCGUUACCGCCCUGGCUAUCGCCGUCGGCGGCGCUCCUGUACGGCACGAGGGGUGCCGCCGGCUCGCCCUCGCCCUAUCCUGCCGUUGCGGCCGCCGCCCCCGGCUUCCCGUAUCCGGCGGCGCUGCCGUGGCCCUGGCAACCACCGCCCCCCGUCGCGAUGAUCUCGCGACGGUCCUCACCCCCCCACCGCGGCCGGUCUCAGGUACGCGCCCUACCCGACGGCUAGCACACCCCCGCCGCUGCGGGCACGCCCGUCCACCCCCAAUUAGCGAUCCCCGCUGGCGCUGGCGACUCAGCGAUCGCGGCAGCAUCGUUCCUUCUCCCUCUGUCUGUGAUCGCGGAACCGGCGACCGGAACCGGAACUGAUUGUCUCGACGUGUUUGCACUUCGGACGCGAUGUCGCGCGCGCGUUUCGUCGCGAACGGAUGAUAUGGAAGUAAGUGACAUCUUGUUGCAAUUUGAGGUUUUAUAACAAUGGGUGAAAUUGACAUUUUAUAGUGAUGAAUUAGAAUUGCAGAUUCAGGACUGUAACGCAUGAACAAACAUAAAUAAUAAGACUUAUGUUAGGGAUAGAAGCAAAUCGACUAAUUAGCAUCGAAAGAAUCUCGACUCUUGACUUCAUGAUUUUAAUAUUGAUGGAAAUUUGCUCGAUUUUUCUUGUUUUUUGGAAAUUCUUAUUGCACAAGUCUUAUUGCUUACAUUUUGUAUGUGCUAUCGGUCAUUCUGAUCUAGAAAUAUGAACAAAGAGCGUAAGCUGAGAAAGAGUUUAUGUCUCAUAGCUCUUCUAAUUAUUUUGUUACGCAAUAAUUAUGUUAAUUGAAAUAAAAUUUAUUUAAGUAUUUUAUAUAUUUAUAUUU